AUGAAAAAGCGCCACGUCAGCUCUCGGGUGUUACAGAGUGCCUCUUCAAAUGCGGGGUCGCAACUGGGUCUGGGCACUUUGCCACAUUCCGGAAUGAGCCUUCACGUACGAAAAGCCCGGUCCGACCCGCCCACCUGCCCGGCCAGGCGAGAAAUGGAGGAGGAGUCGACUGAGGUUAAACAACCCUUCCGGUCGUUCUCCUCCCCCCCCUCUUCACCGACCAAGUCUCUUCCUCUUCUCCAAAUUAGAUACAAUCACUGA